CUUGGAGUUAGGUGUUGACAAUGGUAGAAGUCCAAGUGGUCCAGUUGAAUGAGAUGAUGACGUCUUUGGCAAGGGAAAAGCCAAGCACUUGGCACCGGAUGACAGCAAAGUCUUGGCACUUGGCGUUUCUCUAUACUACCGUAUGGCCAACUGACAGGCAGCUGGCGUUUGUAAGCAAAAGUCUCAUCAAGGGCUAUGAAUGCACCCUUUCCGAAGAGCCUCUCUGUGUGCCUGUAAGAGAGCCAGGGGCUGAGUAGAGAGGACAACAGGCAUAUUGCUGCGGAAUCUCAGAGAUCUUCUAGCUUUGAUAUGCGCUGUGUCUGCUGUGUCUGACUGCCCAAAAAGUUCUCUCAAGUCAACUCAACAUGGCUACUCCAGUUGUUCGUGUGGGUGUCGCAGCUGUGAUUCACGACCCCAAGACCAACAAGUUGAUCUUUGGGACAAGAAAGGCCUCUCACGGAAAUGGAACGAUACAAUUCCCGGGCGGUCAUCUGGAGGUAGGCGAGUCGUGGUUCGCUUGCGCUGAAAGAGAAACGCUCGAGGAGACUGGAUUGCUAGUCAGGGCCAAGAAGUUGCUGGCCACAACCAACGAUGUGUUUGACGAGGAGAAGAAGCAUUACAUCACUUUGUUCAUACUCUGCGAGAGAACCGAUGACCAGGAACCGGCUGUACUGGAGCCUGAGAAAUGCGCAGGGUGGUUCUGGAAGAGUUGGUCUGACGUCAAGGCGCUGAUAAGUGGGGAUACCAGUGGAAGUGGGAGCGGUCAACAAGGGGAGCAAAAGUUUUUUCUGCCCAUAUUGAAUUUGCUCAGGGAUCAUCCUGAUAUCGAGAGCCUGAUGUAGCGGAGGCCGGUCGACAGUACAAGGAGAACAAGGGGGACACGUGGAAUUGGAGAAAAGUUCCAAUGAAGAAGAAUCAAGUUUGGAUGGCGUGAUGGUUGGUGAUGCGAUCGAUCGGACACCAGCUAUUCUUGGGGGAUUGGGUUUGAGGCAUGUUUGGUGAAGGACGAUUGGACAGAUCCAGAAUCUCAAGGCUACAGAUGAAGCGCGUGCGGCUAUCAAAAUUCUAGACCAUCGAAAUACUGGCGAGAUGCGAUAGCAAGAUAAAAGGCCCUGGAGCCCGAGUGGUCGCCGAACGCCGAGUAAUGUUGUGUCUAUGAGGACCGGGCCGAAGGCGGAGGAGAGGCUGGGCUAGUUGUUCUGUCUUGCAUUCUGCAACCUUUUGGUCAGUAGCGUGUUAUCCUGGAGACAUUUUUAAAUAGGGCUUUGCCAAAAUGUGCAUCUCGAAAUGACACUGCUGCCACAAAUACCGG